GUAUGUGAACACCCUCCUGAAGCUCAUCCCUCCUGUGCUGGGGCUCCAAGAGCAGCUACGCCAGGCAGUCCAGAGUGGGGACAUGGAGACAUCGCACGGGAUCUGCCGCAUCGCCGUGGCCCUGGGGGAGAACCACUCCCGGGCCCUUCUGGACCAGGUGGAGCACUGGCAGAGCUUCCUGGCCCUGGUCAACAUGAUCAUGUUCUGCACUGGCAUCCCCGGGCACUACCCUGUCAACGAAACCACCAGCUCCUUGACGCUCACCUUCUGGUACACGCUGCAGGACGACAUCCUCUCCUUCGAGCCAGACAAGCAGGCGGUGUACCAGCAGGUCUACAGGCCUGUCUACUUCCAGCUGGUGGAUGUACUGCUGCACAAAGCCCAGUUCCCCUCUGAUGAGGAGUAUGGCUUCUGGUCUUCGGAUGAGAAGGAGCAAUUCCGGAUAUACAGGGUGGACAUCUCUGACACACUGAUGUACGUGUAUGAGAUGCUGGGCGCUGAGCUCCUGAGCAGCCUCUAUGACAAACUGGGACGUGUCCUGACAAACACUGAGCAGCCGUCCACGUGGCAGCACACAGAGGCCUUGCUCUACGGCUUCCAGUCCAUUGCCGAGACCAUCGACGUGAACUACUCCGACGUGGUGCCGGGGUUGAUCGGCCUCAUUCCCCGGAUCAGCAUCAGCAACGUGCAGCUCGCCGACACCGUCAUGUUCACUAUCGGCAACCCUGAGCUCUCCAUCUCGAGUGUCUCCACCUUGAAGAAGAUCUGCCGGGAGUGCAAGUACGACCUGCCGCCCUACGCUGCCAACAUAGUUGCUGUGUCGCAGGAGGUGUUGAUGAAGCAGAUUCACAAGACGAGCCAGUGCAUGUGGCUGAUGCAGGCUCUUGGUUUCCUGCUCUCUGCACUGCAAGUGGAGGAGAUCCUGAAGAACCUGCACUCCCUGAUCACCCCCUACAUCCAGCAGCUGGAAAAGCUGGCUGACGAAACGCCCAAUCCCUCCAACAAGCUGGCCAUCAUCCACAUCCUGGGCCUGCUCUCCAACUUGUUCACCACCCUAGACAUCAGCCAUCAUGAUGAUGACCAUGAAAGCACCGAGGUCAAGAAGCUGCCAGUGCAGCAAGGACCUAACCCAGUGGUGGUGGUUCUGCAGCAAGUCUUCCAGCUCAUACAGAAGGUUCUCAGCAAGUGGAUGAAUGAUGCCCAGGUGGUGGAGUCUGUCUGUGCCAUCUUUGAGAAGUCCGUGAAGACCCUCCUGGAUGAUUUUGCCCCCAUGGUGCCUCAGCUGUGUGAGAUGCUGGGGCAGAUGUACAGCACCAUCCCACAGGCCUCUGCCAUCGACCUGACCCGGCAGCUGGUUCACAUCUUUGCCCAUGAGCCUGCCCACUUCCCUCCCAUCAAGGCCCUCUUCUUGCUCGUUACCUCAGUCACGCUGACCCUCUUCCAGCAAGGGCCCAGGGAUCAUCCUGAUAUUGUUGAUUCAUUUAUGCAACUCCUGGCACAGGCUCUGAAAAGGAAGCCGGACCUCUUCCUGUGUAGCAACCUGGAUGUCAAAGCAGUGUUUCAGUGUGGUGUCCUUUCACUCAAGUUCCCCGAGGCCCCAACGGUCAAAGCAUCCUGUGGCUUUUUUACGGAGCUGCUGCCCCGCUGCGGAGAGAUCGCCCCGGUGGGACAGGUUGUGCAUGAGAACGGCAAAGUGCUGCUGCAGGCAGUGCUGGAGGGUAUCGGUGGCCAGGCCUCCCGCAGCCUCAUGGAUCACUUCGCAGAAAUCCUCUUUGCCUUGAACAAGCACUGCUUCAGCCACCUGAGUGUCUGGAUCAAGGAGGCCAUGCAGCAGGAUGGCUUCCCCUCCGCCCGCGUCAGCCCCGAGCAGAAGGAGACCUUCAGCCAGCAGAUCCUCAGCAGAGAGCGUGUGAACAAGCGGCGAGUGAAGGAGAUGGAGAAGGAGCUCACCCUGCUCUAUGGUACAGAGUACACAGCAGACUACUGA